GGUGAUUAAGUAGGCUCAACAACCCACGAAUUUCCUAUAAAUAAGAAGCGCACGAGUAGCAGUUUGUCGCAAUUAACCUUGAGUGCAGCAAAUCCCAAACCGUUUGCUCUCUUCUCUUUCAUCCUUGUUUAGAUCUACUCUCUCACUCUCUUCGUCCAGGAAAUGGAGACCUUCCUAUUCACCUCGGAGUCUGUGAACGAGGGACACCCUGACAAGCUCUGUGAUCAGGUGUCUGAUGCAGUGCUCGACGCUUGCCUUGCCCAGGACCCUGAGAGCAAGGUUGCUUGUGAGACUUGUACUAAGACAAACAUGGUUAUGGUGUUUGGUGAGAUUACAACCAAGGCCGAGGUAGACUAUGAAAAGAUUGUCCGUGACACAUGCCGUUCCAUUGGCUUCACGUCUGAUGAUGUGGGUCUUGAUGCUGACAAAUGCAAGGUCUUGGUCAAUAUUGAGCAGCAGAGCCCUGACAUUGCACAGGGUGUCCAUGGUCACCUCACCAAGCGCCCUGAGGAGAUUGGUGCUGGUGAUCAAGGCCACAUGUUUGGCUAUGCCACUGAUGAGACCCCGGAGCUUAUGCCUCUAAGCCACGUUCUUGCCACCAAGCUUGGUGCUCGCCUCACUGAGGUGCGCAAGAAUGGGACCUGUGCAUGGCUGAGACCUGAUGGUAAGACUCAAGUUACUGUUGAGUACUACAAUGACAAUGGUGCCAUGGUACCUGUUCGGGUUCACACUGUCCUUAUAUCCACCCAACACGAUGAGACUGUCUCCAAUGAUGAAAUUGCUGCUGACCUUAAGGAGCAUGUCAUCAAACCCGUCAUCCCUGAGAAGUAUCUUGAUGAGAAGACCAUCUUCCACCUUAAUCCAUCUGGCCGAUUUGUUAUUGGUGGACCUCAUGGAGAUGCUGGUCUCACUGGUCGCAAGAUCAUUAUCGACACAUACGGUGGAUGGGGAGCUCAUGGUGGUGGUGCUUUCUCUGGCAAAGACCCAACCAAGGUGGACAGAAGUGGUGCUUAUAUCGUCAGACAGGCUGCUAAGAGCAUAGUUGCCAAUGGGCUCGCUCGCAGGGCCAUUGUUCAGGUGUCAUAUGCCAUUGGUGUCCCUGAGCCUUUGUCCGUGUUUGUUGACACCUAUGGCACUGGAAAGAUACCCGAUAAAGAGAUUCUUAAGAUUGUCAAGGAGACCUUUGACUUCAGGCCAGGAAUGAUGUCUAUCAACCUUGAUCUCAAGAGAGGUGGCAAUGGCAGAUUCCAGAAGACAGCUGCAUACGGGCACUUUGGAAGAGAUGACCCAGACUUCACCUGGGAGGUCGUCAAGCCCCUGAAGUGGGAGAAAAUCCCUGCGUAAUGCCCACUAAAUGCUACUGCUGCUCAAGUACGCGGAACCCAUGCAUGCUGAUACCCUUUUUUAAUGUCUGAUCUUUUUCCAUUGAAUUUUUUCCAAUUUCGAUUCGAUUCGAUUCAUGUACUGAUUGAAAUGAAAUGGAUUACUGUUUGCUGUUUUGGUA